UCUUUGAAUAGAUACGGAAUUGCAAAUAAUAUUUUGUUUUGUAAAAAAUAUUUCAAAUUGAAUUAACCGAUAUCUAAUUAUUCUGUUUCAUAGUGCCUAGCAACAAAAGGUUAAGAAGAUGCCAUUCAAUAACAAGUUACUGGUACCAGUGGCCCUCGGGUUCUCUCUGGUUACUGUUACAGCAUUUGUAGUGUAUUAUGUAUUUAAAAAGGAAGAGGAAAAUGACAGCAAACCAGUAAGAUCAACAAAAUUUAAUUUUAUUGAGGUGCAAGUACCCAAGAGCAUUGUCCCUGCUUUAAUUGGUCGAAAUGGCGCAAAUGUAAAGCAAAUAGAGGAUAAGUCGGGUGCAACCAUUCAUUUCAAGAAAUUUAGUGAAAAAGAGUAUGAUGUUUGCAUUAUUCGAGGUCAAAGUCAUGCUUCACAAAUUGCAGAGACUAUGGUGCAUGAUUUCAUCAAACAACAACCAAUCAUUGUUGAGAAUUCUAUGUCUGUACCGGGCUGGGCUUGUGGCAGAAUUAUUGGUAUUGGCGGUGAGAAAAUAAACGAAAUAAGUCACCGCAGCGGUGCCCGUGUUAAGAUAGAGGGUGAGAGGGGGGCAGAUUUGAGCGCACAGAGGAAUAUAGUGUUCCGUGGUACUGCAGAGCAGAUACACGUUGCUAAAGGGCUUAUUGAGGAAUGUGUGGAACAAGAAAGAUGCCGACGUGAGAUGGAGCAGGCCAAGCGCAGUCCGCGCGUGUCGACCCCCCCGCACGCCCCGCCCGCCCCGCUCACGCCGGACUCCACAGAACCAUCAAGUGCGUCGAUCGAAGUUUACGUGUCGGCGUCGUCGUCGCCAUCUCGUUUCUGGGUACAAUUUGUCGGGCCACAAGUUGCCCAGCUCGACGAUUUAGUUGCCCACAUGACUGAAUAUUACGGAAAUAAGGAGAAUCGCGCUAAUCAUGCCUUGGAGAAGGUGUCGGUGGGGCAGGUGGUGGCGGCCGUGUUCCGCCACGACGGGCGCUGGUACCGCGCGCGCGUCAUGGACCUGCGCCCCAACGAGUUCGACGCCACGCAGCAGGUCGCAGACUUAUUCUUCUUGGACUAUGGCGACAGCGAGUACGUGGCGACACACGAACUGUGCGAACUUCGAGCGGACUUACUGCGUCUCCGAUUUCAGGCGAUGGAGUGUUUCCUGGCGGGUGUACGUCCAGUGAACCAACAGACUCGCUGGCAUCCGCAGGCAGUGGAACGAUUCGAAGAACUCGUGCAGGUAGCAAGAUGGAAAGCGCUUGUGUCUCGUACGUGCACGUAUAAGAAGUCGUCGGCUAGUGUCGGGGAUAGGGGGAAGGAGGUUCCCGGUAUCAAGCUGUAUGACGUCACCGACGCCGGCUCGCUGGACGUCGGCGAGGCGCUGGUGGCGGAGGGCUGGGCGGAGGCGUGCGAGACGGCGCACAGCGUGCCCGCCACGCCGCAUACGCCCUUCGGCGACCUCAGCCACUCCAGGGUGCUGGGCAUGCUGGUGGGCGCGCGCGCCACGUCGCUGCCCAAGGAGCGCGCGCAGGACGCGGCCGGCGCGGCGGGAGACGCACUAAAGGAUAACGUGACGUCGAGGUCGCUGGCCUCCGGUCUGGAGUCGGCAGACAAAAUUAAGUCCAUUUCAAACUUCGACCUGUCGUACCCCGAAAAUGAGCAGCCGAGCCACGUCAACGGCUCCGACGACUUCAUCGCCUCCGAACGAGAGAACCUUGAAUCCGAAGCUUCUCACUUGAGAGAAGAAUUUAAAGCGAAUAUGAACAGAAUCGAUUCUCAUCAUAGUAACUUAGAAGCGUUAGGGCGACAAUAAAAGGUAAUUAAGUUCAAUUUAAGUUAUGUAUUUAUAAAUGUAUUAAUAGCAAGUAAACACUUUGUUAACGGUCUUAAUGAAAUAAGGAUUAUAUUUUUUCGAAUAUUGACGUAACAUGUAAUUUCUGUUUUUUCUAUUCUAAUUAUAUAUCCACUUUACGAUGAGAAAACACAAUGGUCAAUGGACUACUAAA